UGGGUCGAAUGACGCAUUAGGAUGGGAUGGGGUGGGUUGGGUGGAGGAUACCCAUUGCCCCAUUGGAUCGUAAAGGGUCAGGGUGAGAUGGGUCGAGUGGAGGUCGAAGUUUUUUUUCUCUCAAACAGGUUUCGUAAGUUCUCUGACUGACCAGUCGCCAUUGAAGUUGUUAGGGUUAGCUAUUUUUCUCUGUUCCACCAUUGUAGCAGGAUUGAAUGCCGCCGUUUUUCGCCAUUGCUAAUUUAAUUGCUUGAUUAAGUACAAAGACCAUUUUCUCAGUUGCAACAGUUUCCUUGGGAUGAUGAGGAAGUUUCUCCUUCUGAGGUUAUCUCUUCUGCUUCUCCGGAGUCAUCUAGUUCAUUAAUCUUUAUGCCAAACAGGGCCUAAGAGAACAUUGAUUUCAUCAAGGGAAAAAAAGAAAAGGAAGGACUUCAUAAAUUUCAAGACAUACUAAGAUUUCAUGAUUGUGGUAUAAUUGAAAAUUGAAGGUCAAGGGAUGGUGGAGAUGGUUGUGAUGAAGCUAGUUCAUUGAAAGAGGACAAUCCUAUGGUAACACUACAGUUACAGUUUGACAGUGAAGGUGAUCAUCAAAGUCCAGAACCUGUAGAAGGUGUUCAUCAAAGUCCAGAACCUGUAGAAGGUGAUGGAAAUGAGCCAAAUUCCUCCAUCAAAGAACCUUUUGUCGAUAUGGAGUUUGAAAGUGAAACUCAUGCAUACAACUUUUACAAUGAAUAUGCCAUGCGGGUUGGUUUUAGUGUUCGAAAAGAUUGGAAAAAUAAGAACAGAGAGGGAUGUGUGACAGGCAGGAGGUUUGUAUGUUCCAGAGAAGGUUUUCGCAGACCAGAUCCACGUGACAAGGGUGUAAGGAAUACAAGAAAAGAUACAAGAUGUGGUUGUGGUGCAUACAUGACUAUUGCAAUAAGAACAAAUGGAAAAUAUUAUGUUAGCCAAUUUGAGAAAACACAUAAUCAUGAGUUUGUUACCCUACAACCAUUCUUAAGGCCACAAAAGAAGUUUACAAAAGCCCAGGCUGUAACUGACUUGACAGAUGAUUCUAGAACACCUAAUGCAGCAGUUGACUCCACGGGCAGGCAAGUGGGUUGUCAAGAGAAUGUUGGUUUUCUUAGGAGAGAUUACAACUACUACUUGCAUACAAAGAGAAUGACUGCAUUAAAAUCAGGUGAAGCAGCAGCUGUUUUACAAUAUUUCCAACACAAGCAACAACAAAACUCCUCCUUUUUCUAUGCCAUUCAACUUGAUGUUGAAGAUAAGAUAACAAAUAUAUUUUGGGCAAAUCUACAAAUGGUUGUAGAUUAUGAACAUUUUGGGGAUGUGGUUUGUUUUGAUACAACCUAUAAAACAAAUAAAGAGGGUUGGCCAUUCGGUUUAUUUGUUGGAGUAAACCAUCAUAAGCAGUCUAUAGUAUUUGGUGGUGCUCUUCUUUAUGAUGAAACAACAGAAUCAUUCGAAUGGUUGCUUCAUACUUUUGUUAAGGCCAUGUCUGGAAAAAUGCCCAGAACUAUUAUAACAGAUCAAGGUGCCGCCAUGGCAAAUGCAAUCAAGACAGUUUUGCCAACUACAGAUCAUCGUAUAUGUGUAUGGCACAUGUAUCAAAAUGCACUGAAAAAUAUCAGUCAUGCAUUUCGACGUGGGACAUCAUUUGGCAAAGAAUUCAACAAAUGCAUUUAUGAAUACGAGGAGGAGGAUGAAUUCUUGCAAGCAUGGAAGGAUAUGCUGGAAAAAUAUGAUUUGAAAGAAAAUAGUUGGUUGCAACGACAAUUUUCAAUUAAAGAAAAGUGGGCUAUGGCAUAUGGAAGGAAUACUUUCUGUGCUGACAUGAAAACCACUCAGCGUACUGAGAGCUUGAGAAGUGCUUUGAGAAGACACUUAAAUUCUGAUACUGAUCUAAUAGAUUUUCUGAAGCAUUUUGAACAGGCUGUGGAAGACCAUCGUUCUGAAGAAUUGCAGGCUGAUUUUCAAAUGAGUCAAAGUGAUCCACGGAUGAUAGCACCUGUGAAGAUGUUAAUUGAAGCAUCAAAAGUUUAUACACAUGCUGUCUUUGAAAAGUUCCAAGAAGAGUACAAAAAAUUCCUGGCUUGUGAUAUUACCUGUUGUGGUGAGGUAGGCACAGUGUCUUUUUACAAGGUUACCAUGGAAGGCAAACCUCACGAGCACAUGGUUACAUAUGAUUCGGCCAAUGAAACAUUGGAGUGUAGCUGUAAAAAGUUUGAAUUCGAUGGGGUUUUAUGUUGCCAUGCUAUUAAAGUGCUUAACCACAGAAAUUUAAAGGUUGUGCCCCAGCGUUAUAUCUUGAAGAGGUGGACAAAGUUUGCUAAAGUUGGGAUUGUAGAAAAUGUGCAUGGAUCAGCAUAUGAUGUGGACCCCAAUCUCGAAUUGUUGGGGCGCUAUCAAGAUGUGUAUCAUAGAUUUGUUAAAGUAGCAGAAAGAGCAGCAGAAUCAAAAGAAGCAUACAAAUAUGUUGCAAUGAAGUCCCAAGAGAUAAUGAAAGAGGUAGAAAAUAUCAUCAGUAAAGAGAACUCUAGAAAUUCUAAUGUUAAUACAUCCAAAGGAUUGACUCUUGAAAGGGGAACAGUUGAAAAUACAUUUGUUGAAGGGGAACAUGUUGAUUCAGAUAGAAACAUGGUUGAGAAUAGUAGCAAUGAUGCAACUGGUGACGUUUAUACACAGCCUUUACAAGUAAGGAACCUUAAGAGAAAGGAGGGGUGCUCCCACCUUGUUCCGCCCAUUGAUCAACGAAGACCAUACAUACCAAGAGGCAACAACAUCCAGCCACAAACUAUUGCUCUGCCUGUUGGUCAACAAGGCCAAAGUUUCACCUUCCUGCAAUAAACCCACACUUUCUAAGAACUUCAUUCAUACAGGUUAUUCAUUACAGGUACAAUCUGCAUAAGAUUUCACCUCCAUAUAAUUCAGAUUUGACAAGUUUGGUGCUCAGGGGCCUUUGAGUUGUCUAUCUUUUUGGUGCUGUAAAGUUAAUCUUUUAUGCGUUAAGCCUGUCUAAAAUCUUCAUUUUCUUUAUAUAAUCUAGUCUUCACGGACAUUUGAAUUAGGUUUCUUGUCGAUACCGCAAUUUGAAAAAUGGAAUUUACCAUAGGAAGCUGAACUCUUCCAUUUAUAUAAUCAUCAUACCAAUAA